CUGGAGAAGGAGAUGUUGAAUUAGUGAAGAUAAUAGAGAUUAUGAAGUUGUAUACUUCAGGAUAGGAAUUAUCUAGUUGUUAAAAGAGUUGACUCAACUAUAGUCUCUUUUAAGUCAAUUGUUAAGGUGACUCUUUUAGUUGAGAAGUGAAUCUUUGUCUUUUGCGACUGUUAUAGUCCCCCGUUCAUUUCAACGAUGUUUAUGACGGUAGAAGUUGUACAAUACCAAAGGCAGAGUCCCGGGUACCCCCUUCGUUUCUGUGCACAUGAGGAAUUGUAAUCAACAUUCAACUUUUUCGAUUUGCUUGAUCCAUUAAUGAUUAGUUCUUGUUCGACUUCAGCAAGUUUGAUGAAUGACAAUCAGACUUCGGAAAAAUAUGAUGCAACAAGAGCAAGAGCUGUCAUGCAUGCUUGCUCCCUCGUCGAGGUCUUUUUGCUGUGACCACGACUCAAGGUGAGCUGAUAUCCGUGGAUACGCCUCUUGACUAUGGCUUAUAGUCACUGAGAUAUCAACACUAUGGUUACACCGCUACUUGGUGUCCCGACCACGUGCUCGACCAGCGGCAACAUCCAUGGGCAUGGAGAUGAAGUUGAAGAUAAAAGUAGUUGUAGACGGGGGGAUCGACGUUCUUCGCUUUCUUCGCUUCGAAGAAGAGAUGAAAGGAGGUCAUCAACAGCGUGGUCGGCAAGAAUAUCAUCAUGGCUCAUCUUUUAUGGACAUCAUCAAGCAGGAACACAUCAAGCUGCAGCUCGAAGAACAGGAACAACCACGGGUACAGAACAUCUUCAACAUAGCACAGUCGCGCCUAUAGCUUCUCACGCUGAUCAGGAGCUAUUGGAGAGUAGUACGCAGAGAUUCUUAGAAAGUGACAUUGAUGUAGCGAGUAGAUCCUCCAGCAAGGCUUCCACACGAGAUGAAGAUGAAAGCCGGGAAGAUAAAAAAAAUACAGAGGUGGAGGAUGCUACAGCUACUUUGGUAGUGAAUUCAUCAAGCCAGAAAAAUGACGACCACCCUUCAGAGGACUCACCUCAGAGUGAGGCCAUCAGCAUUAGCAGAUCUUUUCCUGGGAUAUCGAAGAUAAUUAAGAUAUCCUCAACUUCAACAUCCUCGUCAUUAGAAGAAUUGUAUCGUUUACGACUGCGUGAUGGACUAACUUCGGAGGAAAAAGCCUUUCUACUUCAUGGGGAGGACAUCUUGAGGGAGUUUGAGAGCGGAAUGGAUCAUGAGAUGAGAGCAGAGAUGAAAGGUGGAAAAGAUAAAGGUCAUGCAGAUCGUGGUGAAACUACUCGUACAACAGCUGUUGAAACUAGCACAUCAACUGUUGGAACCAGUACAACGGCUUCUACAAGUACAAAAGAGAGGACUCAAAUUCCGGAUAACCUACGAGCCCUUUUCGGAGAUUGGCUGAAUACUGAUUCAUCUGAUGGGGGGAAGAACGGAAGUUUAUCCCGCCUAAAGCAACAGAUCGACCAAGAAAAUGGAGGUCGGUUCGCGGUGCUAGAAAAUUUUCUGAGUGAGUCUUUUCUACAAGCACUACUAGCAGACUAUCCGCCGUACGAUCCCAGCGUCUGGUUCAUGUACGCCAACCCAUUGGAAGUGAAGUACUUUUGUUUCUUAGAAGAAUCGUUUACAGGAUUGAAGUACUUACAUUAUACUUAGCUGGUGGACUUUAUUAGGUCUAACUAUUUGAAGAGAAAGAAAUUUUUUAGAUCUACGCGUUGCAAAGAAAUUUGAUAUACUCCAGUCACCUACGAUGAACCAUAAUCAAUCGAAGAUGUCAAAGUCAAUAGUAACGCAGCACUUUUUAAUAUUCUUGAUGUAUAAUUCUUCUUUUCCACGACCUCGUUGGUAUUAUUCGUAAAUCAUUGAUUUUGAUAUCUUCUUCCACCAGACAGUAGAACUACAAAGGUACCUACACGAUCGCUUUUCACUGUAUGGAAAAGCUGUGAAGAAAUACCUCUACGCCCUGUCGCAUCCUGCGAUAAGCGCACUCUUUACGGAGUUGUUUUCCUUUUCCGAAGAGCUGCACUACGAUCCAGUGAUACAUGGAGGUGGACUUCAUAGUAUGCCUCGUGGCGGACGUCUCAAUAUGCAUCUGGAUUACGAAAAGCACCCGUAUUUGCAUAGGAAGCAACGCCGAUUGAAUGUGAUUUUCUUUACUUAAGGCUACAGGUACUACAGCAGGAAUGCUAUUGUUGAGCUUGAGAGACUAAGGAAUAAGAAAAAAUCCUAAUAAUUAUCCAUCUUCGAUCUUUCCCCGCAAGAACAUCUUAGCCCCGUUGUUAAGGGGACAACGGAAGCCAAGAUGAGUCGCAAAGUGGAUUUGUGGUAGUUCUAAUUUGCGAACGAAGACUGGCGUAAGGAGUGGAACGGGGACGUGCAGCUGUGGUCUGCGAAGAGUAGUGCUGGAAAAAUGGGAGACGAAUCUCAAUCCUCUUCAACCAUGACAAGAACUUCUGGAAUGAAAGGACUAAAUCCUUCUACUUCUCCCAGUCGUGUUAGUACAACCGAAGAAAACCCUAUGGACUCCAUGCUUGUGCGGCACUAUCCUAAACGUAAUAUUAAGGCUCAACUUUCAUUGGUCAUUGAGGUUAGUCACUGCGAUCCCUCUUGAGAGAACAGGAGAAAAUGAAGGAAAAGCAAAGGGAGAACAUGGAGGGGCCCUUUUCUUUCAGAAUCAGUGACCACUGACUGCGGACCUUUAAUAAUAGCGUGAUCAUUUUUCGAACGGACGAAGAGAGCUUUCACGGAGUCCCGGAUACGGUUUUGAGCCCCUUGAAUACAACUAGGGAUACGAUCACCUACUAUUACCUGUCCGACCUGACGGCACCAAGUAGCAGGACUAAGAUUGGUGCACUGUCCGAUGGGUAUCGCGGGAAAGUUAUGGAACUUCUACAUAUAUUGGAACAACUGAUAUCGAUAAAUGACAUUGAUUUAAGUAGAAAUAUUGAUCAUUAAGUGCUUUCUAUCUUCUUCUGGUCUGUCUUUUUUCUAGUUAGGUCGGCUCCACCACAAUCAUUAAGUGCUUUCACCUCCGGCCACUCCACAUAUUCAUAUUGAUUAAGUGCUUUGGCCACAUACUGAUUGCGCACGUGCCUGCCUGCUAUGUGUAAAAAUGGGAAUCAAUGGCAAGACAAAUGUCGGAGAGUGCUUCUACGAGAAGUGUAGUUGCAUAACCCAGGAGUUGUAGCGCCGAAAUAUAAAGUGUAAAACUUCUUCUAACACAACAAGUUACUUCCUCCGACCUACCGAUGACCCGGAUCCUCGUUUAGAGAAACUAUUUGGCAUCCGGUCCAAGCGGCGUAUUGAGCAAGAGGACGUUGACGAGGCUUUCUACCCUGAGAGUUGGGACUAUAGGGACAGCUUGCCGGAAGGCCGUGGCGGAGAUGGAGAAGAGAGGGCUUCCACGAGGGGUGAAAGGAGGCUGAAUUAUAAAGCUAAACCUAAAGGGAAAAAUUAUAGAGAAGGAGAACUCUGA